CAUGCUAUUUUGAAUUUCUUGUGCUUCUCUGUCUCUCCCUGCUUUGUUAAUAGGGGCACAUGCCAAAAAACAGCCCGAGGAUUUAUCGGAUAACGAUGGUGACGAAGACGAAGACAUACGAGACACCGGGGCCAAACCGGUGAUGGUGUUCAUCCACGGGGGAUCCUACAUGGAGGGGACGGGGAAUAUGAUCGACGGGAGCGUCCUGGCCAGCUACGGGAACGUCAUCGUGAUCACCCUGAACUACCGCGUCGGAGUACUAGGGUUCCUGUCUACAGGGGACCAGGCAGCUAAGGGGAACUACGGCCUACUGGACCAGAUCCAGGCUCUGAGGUGGAUCAGUGAGAACAUUGGAUACUUCGGAGGAGACUCCAACCGUAUCACAGUGUUUGGAUCUGGGAUAGGAGCGUCCUGUGUCAGCCUGCUCACCCUCUCACACCACUCUGAAGGUCUGUUCCACCGUGCCAUCAUUCAGAGUGGCUCUGCCCUGUCCAGCUGGGCGGUCAACUACCAGCCUGUGAAAUACACCCGUCUGCUGUCUGAGAAGGUGGGCUGUAACGUUCUGGAUACGCUGGACAUGGUGGACUGUCUGAGGAAGAAGAGUGCCAGGGAGCUGGUUGAGCAGGACAUCCAGCCAGCACGGUACCAUGUGGCCUUCGGACCGGUUAUAGACGGAGACGUCAUACCUGAUGAUCCAGAGAUCCUCAUGGAGCAGGGAGAGUUCCUGAAUUAUGACAUCAUGCUGGGAGUCAACCAGGGGGAGGGGCUUCGCUUCGUGGACAACGUGGUCGACUCAGAGGACGGCAUCUCGGGCAACGACUUUGACUUCUCAGUGUCGGACUUCGUUGACAGCCUCUACGGUUACCCAGAAGGCAAAGACACUCUGAGGGAGACCAUCAAGUUCAUGUACACGGACUGGGCGGACCGCGACAACCCCGAGACACGACGCAAGACGCUGGUCGCUCUGUUCACCGACCACCAGUGGGUGGAGCCGUCGGUGGUGACUGCGGACCUCCACGCCCGUUACGGCUCGCCAACGUACUUCUACGCCUUCUACCACCACUGUCAGAGUCUGAUGAAGCCAGCCUGGUCGGACGCAGCCCACGGGGACGAGGUUCCCUACGUGUUCGGGAUCCCCAUGAUCGGACCUACAGACCUGUUCCCCUGUAACUUCUCCAAGAACGACAUCAUGCUCAGCGCCGUGGUGAUGACAUAUUGGACUAACUUCGCCAAGACCGGGGACCCCAACAAGCCUGUUCCUCAGGACACUAAGUUCAUCCACACCAAGGCUAACCGCUUCGAGGAGGUAGCCUGGUCUAAGUACAACCCCCAGGAUCAGCUGUACCUCCAUAUCGGCCUGAAGCCCCGCGUCAGGGACCACUACCGAGCCACCAAGGUGGCAUUCUGGAAACACCUGGUGCCCCAUCUGUAUAACCUCCACGACAUGUUCCACUACACCUCUACCACCACCAAGGUUCCCCCGUCCGAGACGACCCAGAAUGCCCUGUCCACUAAGAAGACGUGGCCCUUCAACACCAAGCGGCCCCCCAUGUCCCCGGCCUACAACAACGAGGAUAAUGAGGCGUGGAACGGAGACGAGGAGACCGGGCCGUUGGUCAUAGAGAACCCCAGGGACUACUCUACGGAGCUCAGCGUCACCAUCGCCGUGGGAGCCUCGCUGCUCUUCCUCAACGUUCUAGCCUUCGCAGCGCUUUACUACCGGAAGGAUAAACGGAGGGAGGCUUUGGGAGGUCGCCGCGGUCAACCCAGCCCACAGACCCGCCACGGCCAGGCUACGUCCAACGACAUCGGUCACCACCAGGGUCCCAACGAGGAGGAGAUCAUGUCCCUGCAGAUCAACCAGACGCACCACGAGUGUGAGGCGAUGGGGGUGGGGAACCCGGGGAAUGACGGGGGGCUGCGUCUGGCCUCGCUUCCCGACUACACUCUGACCCUGCGGAGGUCACCGGACGACAUCCCUCUGAUGACCCCCAAUACCAUCACCAUGAUCCCAAACUCUCUGGUGGGGAUGCCCAACCUGCACCCUUACAACACUUUCACAGCCGGGUUCAACUCCACCGGCCUGCCCCACUCCCACUCCACCACCCGGGUAUAGCUUUACGGAGGAGAGGGAUGGUGGAGGAGAGGGUGAUGGAGCAGGAGAAGAGGAUUCUGUUUUAUAAAUAUUACAGGGAAAGGGUUUGGGGGAGGAGAGGGAAGGCAGGAAUACGUGAGUGGGAUUAAAAAGUCAAGAGAUUUAACUAGACUUUUACUACCAAGAAGAGGACAGAGAGCGUCUGAGAGGAGAAUUCACUGCUUUCUGUGUGGAUGUCAAGUUGUGCAGAGCUGCCAAAAUCAAACUGCUUCUCCUCCCUCCCUCGAUGGGAUGGGGCUGAGGAGGGAGGGGUCCUUUCUGCUGUGUUUUUCUUCUAAGAGUCAUUUUAAAAGCCUUUUAAGCAGACAGGGGAGAUUAUCAACACUUUGUUCUUGAAUUCAUAACACCAAGAGAAAAGUUAUUUUUCUU